AUGGCAUCAAUGGCGGUUUUGUGUAGAUCUAAUGAUAGCGAACUUUCUCCUUGCUUACCAAAAUGGCUACAAGAAAUAUUCGCACAUUUUAUUUCUUUGGCACUGCAAAAUCAGAAAAGGGUGAACUUUAAGAGAAAACAUGAAAAUCUGGCGACGGGAUAUUCCGAUGAUGAGGUUAGCACAGGUGAUGACGACGACGACGACGAAGACGACGAUGGCGAUGAUGAUGAAGAUGAUGACGGGGAAAAAUCAGAGAUACCUAAAUCUCGAUCCAGGCUUACUAAUAAUUCCAACAAAAACGCUAACAACAAUAAUAACAAUAACAAUAAUAAUAACUCACAAGCUCCAAAGAAAACCGUUGCUCAAAUCAUGAGAGACAAAAAGAAACAAACAGCUUUGACAUUACAAUGGCUGGAAGAUAACUACUGCAUUUGUGAUGGUGUUUGCCUUCCACGAUGCAUUCUUUAUGCUCAUUAUUUAGAUUUUUGUCGUCAAGAAAUCCUAGAACCUGCCUGCGCUGCCACUUUCGGAAAAACGAUUCGCCAGAAGUUUCCACAUCUCACUACCAGACGUCUGGGCACACGUGGACAUUCCAAAUACCAUUAUUAUGGAAUUGGUAUCCGAGAAACUAGUCAAUAUUAUCAUUCUGUUUACUCAGGCAAAGGUCUCACUCGGUUUUCUGGUUGCAAGUUAAAGAAUGAAGGAGGUUUUACCAGAAAGUACUCUCUAAGCUCCAAGACAGGGACUUUACUACCUGAAUUCCCCAAUGCCCAAUAUCUCAUUUUAACAGAAGGAAUUUCUAGAGAAAAGGUGGAAACGUUCAUUAUGAUGUACAAGACUCACUGCCAGUGUAUUCUAGACACAGCAAUCAACAGCAAUUUUGAAGAGAUUCAAAACUUUCUGCUGCAUUUUUGGCAAGGUCUGCCCGACCACUUGCUGCCGCUUGUUAAGAACCAAGUCAUUGUCGACAUCAUUUGCAUAUGUGAUUCCAUUCUUUAUAAGGUCUUGAUCGAAGUUCUGAUCCCAGCAACGAUGCAAGAAAUGCCAGAGGUAUUGAUGUGUGACAUUCGGAACUUCGCCAAUCAUUGGGAAAACUGGUUGUCGUCUGCUCUGGAAAACCUUCCGGAACAACUGACCGAACAUAAGCUUCCGGUGGCCCACAGAUUCUCUCAGUCUUUGAAACGCCAAACUUCUUUUCUUCAUUUAGCUCAAACGGCGCGACCAGUCUUAUACGAUGUACACAUGGUGAAUCAAAUGAUAGCUGAUGUUGACCGUGUUGACCUCAGUAGCAUUGGUAGUCAGGCCCUCUAUACAGAUACUGAUUGUGAACAGGACAUGGAAUUGAACGCAGAAUUUCUACAAGAAUUUAAAGAACUGCUGAGGAAACAGGCGACAGUUGAGGCAUUCACAGAGUGGCUUGAUGCUGUGGUGGAGCAUAAAGUUGUUAAGCCAAGCAAGCAAAACGGACGGUCGUUUAAAAAACGUGCUCAAGAAUUCCUCUUAAAAUGGUCUUUCUUCGGAGCUCGAGUUAUGCACAACUUGACUCUAAGUAACGCGCAAAGUUUUGCUUCUGUCCACCUCAUCCGUAUGUUGAUGGAUGAGUAUGUCCUCUUGGCUGUUGAGUCACAGAUGUACGAGGAAAAAUCCUCCGAGCUUCAACUGAUUCUAGACAAACACAUGAACGCAGAUGACAAAGGUGUCCGGCAAAAUUUCUCGUCCAACGCCCCGGGUACCUGCUUUCUUGCCAACCGAAGCGUCAGCACCCCGAAGCACUUCUCUUCGAUCAAACAGGAACAGCGAUUUUUGGAUAUGACCGAUCAAAUGAAUGAUAUCGAUUCUUUCGAGAGCAUGUCCGCUUCCGACAUUAGGGAACCGUAUUCUAUGUCCAACCAUUUGAAUGAUUUAAACGCCAUGACACAAGCUUUAAACGGUGGAGGUCAUGUGGCUACACCGCCAAUGUCUCCAAGAAUCUCACUCAGACCAAGUGUUAUCAAUCCGCCAACCAAUCACAUUCCAUGCACCGGUACCACGCCUCCCUCGAUGCCAGCCGCACCCUCAACAUAUUAUUAUCCCAAUCACCAUGACAACCAGUAUAAUUCUCAUAGCAACACAUAUCUGAACAACUACAACACGGGACCAUAUUGCAGCCCUACGGUCUUCCGGUCAUCUCACCACUAUUCCCCUACUGCAGCUUCCUACCCAACCAAACAAACAGAAAAGCUGGACAUACCCUGUAACUACCCUUAUGCAUCGGAAUCUUUGUCGCAAACACACCACCAAUACCCGUGCACAGAUAAUUACUAUGGCUCGCCGGGUGUUUCUUCGUACACAGCAAUUCCAGCCAAUCAAAAUGGCUACAUCCAAUCGCCAAUGCAUAAUCAGAGCGGAAGUGCAUUCAAUGUUGUUCAGAUAAAUCCAAAUUUUCCUCAGCAAUCGGCAUAUUCCACUUCCGAUUAUUACAGUUCGUCCAACUACAACCAACACCAGCCAGUAAGUAAGCCGUUGGUUGAGCAUGUUCCCGUUAUCCAGCAUCGAGGGUCUGUGACGUCACACUAUUCAUCCACAGAACUUAACGACCCACUCAAUAUCCUGGAUAAACCUUUGUACAGAUCUAAAGAAGAUAACUCACAUCUCUAUGCCCAUUAUUACAGUUCGUCCAACUACAACCAACACCAGCCAGUAAGUAAGCCGUUGGUUGAGCAUGUUCCCGUUAUCCAGCAUCGAGGGUCUGUGACGUCACACUAUUCAUCCACAGAACUUAACGACCCACUCAAUAUCCUGGAUAAACCUUUGUACAGAUCUAAAGAAGAUAACUCACAUCUCUAUGCCAGCGCUUCUCCAGUCACUUGCCACAAUACAAGACACCCAGUGGUACAGAACACGGAGAGCCUGGGCAACGAUGAGUUUCUCAGUAUGACCAUGACCAGCAUGUUGAACAGUGACCCUGAUCUGAUCCCCACAUACAACACUGACACGGGGACACCUCUUCCACCCAUCAAUUCUGUUUUCCUAAGUUAAAUAUUGAGGAUCAUACUGCUAUGCUCACUCACACACACACACACACACAGAUACUGUCAUGCGCUUACACAUACCACAAAGUGCAUCAAGCAUGCUCUACAUACAUACGAAUAUACAUACAUACAUACAUACACACAUAUAUAUAUAUAUA